AUGACCACUUUUUCAUUAAGAUUUUCGGAUUUUUGGCAACUCGAAGAUAAGGUAAAAUUUCUGAAAUAUCCUGAUACGGUACUGCCAGAGAACUUGAAGCUUGAGAAGAACAUUGGAGAAAUGGAACAUCAACAUUUGGCUGUGUCUAUGUCAAAUGCAAAAGUUGAGGAUGAGGUUACUAAUCUUGGAAUAGUUUGCCAGAUUUUUAUGAUUCAUCAUAGAUAUGAGGUGUCUUUUGUGUUCCAUAGCUGGGAGACAGCCGGAUUACUGGCUGUAAGGAAUCAGAAUCCUCCGAACUUAAACUUAAGGGUCACUGACCUCUGUCCUGUAGAAGGAGAACAUGAAGGACCAGAAAUACCCUAUCAAAUCACUUUAGAGCUUAUUGCAUACAAAGAGAAACUAUUACGUGAACAAGUUCUCUUAGAAGCCUGUGGGAACUCUAUAUUUAUCAUAACACUGCUGCUACAUGCUAGAGUACUUGGCAAAGGUAAGGGAACUCCAUUUUUGAAGAAUGGAAUCCGGUGCAUUGGUCAAGAAAUGGAUGAAGAAGAAUCAGAGUACAGUGAUUGGCAGGGAUUUGACUGAUGUCUUGGCUGGAAAUCAAAUCUUUCCUCUCGUAUGACUGCUCUUUAAAAGUUUGCAAGUUCAGUUAUUAAUUAGUUUUCAAUAACUGGAAUCACCAUAUACCCAAGAAAAAGAUAAAAUCAUUUUUGUGUGGCUGUUUUGUACCAUUUUGUACUUUUCGGGCAUAAUUCCUAAUGCUUCAAGUAUAUAUGUAUUUGAUCUGUUAGACUUGUUUGUAUUUUAUAGAUAUGUCGUACAAGAGAGAUCUAUUUCAGUCUCAGCAGUCAUAUUUUCAUAUUUCUUUCAGUACAUAAAAAACAGCAGUUCUUCAUAAGAAACUUUCUUUUAUAGGUUCUAAAAUUCUUUAAAUAAGUAUUUUCAAGUGUCUCCUUUUUUUAAACAUUAACUGGAAAACAAAAUCAUUGAACAUAUAAGUAUCUUAACACUAUUCAAUGUAAAACUAAAUUGUCAUAUACUUGCUCUGAUACUUUUAAACAAAAUAGUAUCAUUCAUUACAUAAAAGAUGUACUUUUGAUGAAAAAUUUUGAUUGUGUAAGUCCUGAGUUUUAGUUUAAACAAAAUCAGAAAAUUAUUUAGAAAACUUGUUUACUGUUUUUGUUUCAGCUUGAAAAGUGUUUUGUUAAAUAUGUUACUAUAUUUCAGCAAAACUUGUGUAAUAGAUUGUAGAGUAAAUUGUUAAUGCUUUUUAAAUAUACAGUGAACGACUUACUGAUCAUGACUUAAAAAGGCUACAUUUCAAAAACAGUUUAUAGAAAAACUUAUUUUAAGAGUACUGCAAAAUUAGUCAUGUAUAACAAUAACCAAAUGUCAUUAAUGCUGCAGUUACAGAGAUGCCUGCCUAGCGUUAAAAGAAAAUCUGAGUUCAUGAAGCCUGGGGUUUUCAGGCCUGCUAUUGCUUACUGUGCUUUGAUGUAUAAAGAAUAGAAAUGUGACUGUAUAUUAACUAAUGAAAUUAUGAUGAUGGAUGGUAAUAGUUUGUUUUUUUCUUUCGUGGAGUAUCUGUAGUUGCCAUUUUGGUUUGUUCUAAAAGUGCCAUUUACACCAGUGCUUGAAAUUCUAACAUAUUAAAAGAUAACGAUGCUGAUUAAAUGUUUUAUCACCCAGACCUAAUAUUUGUGAAGGAAAAUGAAAUUUAGGCUAUAAGGAAUGACCUGCCCAAAUAAUUUACUGGAAAUGACAAAUUACUGUUGUGGGCAUUGUUUUUUUAAGCCAAUAUUUAUUAAAAAUUGGACGGUAUACUUAAGCAUUAAUAAUCAGACAAGCUCAGUCAAAAUUGGAGAUGUUGGCAACUUUGCAUUAAGCUCUGUAUUUUGUGUGUGGGAGGUAUUACUGUACUCAACUGUGAUACUCCAAACAUGAAUAUUUUCCUAAUUUUUUUCUCCAAGUGAAAGUUAAAACCAAAAGUUAUUUUGGCUGAGCAUUCUGAUGAUUUUUUCACUAUACCUCAAUAAACAGUAAGAAAAAGGUGUGAUAACAAUGCUUUUACUGAACCAAGUCUGAGUAGAUAUAGCCAUUACUCACAAAUUGAAACAACAAAAAAAGCCAAAAAUAGUAAAAGUUCCAAAACUAUUAAAAAUAAAGUAGAAUAAAAUCCCAGUACAAGCAUAAGCUGUUUUCUGUGAAAAACAUGCUCUUAUACAGCCUGCUGAUAAAAAGGAAAUGCAGAUAUAAUAUUGGUGAAAGUAGCUUACACAGGUAUUUCUUAGACAAGAAUACAUGCUAAAAAUUA